UUUCAGUCUUAUGACUUUAAUGCUACACUGAUUGGUACCAUUACAAACAUAUCCAUCUCACAAAAUAGUAGAAGCAAAGACCAAAGUUUGCACUCGUCCAUCAAACUUGUUCUAAUGCAUUUUAAAGAUUUGAAUUUUCUGUGCCCCCCCCCCCAGUUGUCUGGCAAAUGCUUCCUGCUGCAGGAGAGGAGAAAUAAACUCUCCAGUGCUGUUGUCUCCAUACAUGGUGUGAAAUGGGUGUGAUGUGAAAGAGAGGCUGAGAGAUACGCUGGUAUUUUGGGGGGGGGGGAGGCGGGGAGCAACAAGCAUGGUAAGAGAAGCAGACUGGCUUAUGAGGGUUGUUAUCUUGACAUUGCAGGCUGGGCUGGAACUGAAGCUGAGUGGCAUAUGACAACCCUAUAAUGCAAGGUAAAUGCAAUGUCACCUGCUGCUAAUACCCUCAUGUGGUAGGUUGGAAGAGGGUUUUAAACCACUUUCUAUUAAAGAGCCAGGGCUAGCCCUACCUUUAAGAGUAGCUGGUGCUUUGGGGGUGGGAGAGAGAGUGGUGGCAAGUGGCUGGCCCUGUGCUCCCUAAGCUAUCUUGCUGUGCUCAGGAGCCUGCUGCCCUGUCACCAGUGCCGACAUAAGCAUCAAAUGCCAGUUCAAUCAGUUUCUAUAUGUAGAAAUAGGUCCGUACGCAAGUGCACCAUCUUGUUCUUCACUUUGAACACCAAAUUCUAUUGAUUUGGCCCUGGGUCUGAGACUGAAGGUGGCUGACAGCAGCUGUCAUAUAAAAGUUUUAAAAACUAUUGCUGGCUCCAUUUUUCUGGUUGAAAGAGAACAUUUCAGAUACAGGAUUCCACUGCAAAUGCCUAUCAGGACAUAGACACUAGAACAAAAAAAUGGUCCAGUAGCACCUUAGAGACCAACUGGGUAUAAGCUUUCGUGUGCAUGCACACUUCUUCAGAUACGAAAGCUUAUACCCAGAACGAACUUAGCUGAUCUCUAAAGUGCUACUGGACCAUUUUUAAAUUUAUUUCGACUGCGUCAGACCAACAUGGCUACCUGCCUGAAACUAGAACAAAUAUAACAGGAUAUAGAGACGUUUCACGUGAAUUCAGUUUGCUAACUAAUAAAGGCUGCACACCUUUAGCCGCUGGCCUGGGAGUAAGCCCCGCUGAACUCGAUGGGGCUUCCUUCCUAACAGACAUGCCUAGGACUGCACGCUGUCAAUCAUCUGUACCCAUCCCACAACCACGAUGAAAACACACUGGGGUACAAAAGCAGUUAAUGCAUAAAGUUCAGCCAAAAGCAAAACACAGCAAAGUUAAAUUAACAACUCCCUCGCAGCUCUCUGCUCCGCAGCCAGCACCCAGCUAAAUGAAGAUCCGGUUCGCUCUAUACAUUUGCACGCAGAGACAGACACGUUGCCUCACGUGCAGGCGGCGGAACUAAAUGAGUCCGGAAGCCGAAGUGGGGGGGGGGGCUGCCAAUUCACUUCCAACCCUACAUAGGUCUAUGGGCAGAGCGUGUUGCUGAUGCAAACGUUAUUUAGUUGUCUGCAUCUUGCCUGAUCAAAGGUCACCCAAACAGCAGGCGAAUUCCCAUCUGCUGACGGAGGUGUCGCGAUAAUGAUCUAGCCCCUCGACUAUCUUCAUGACAGCCCAUGUAUGCGCUUGGAUAAGCCGGGCGAGCUGGGAGGAAUCGGAGCGCCGCGGAGCGGAUCAGGCACUGAUUUAGACAGCGCUCGUUAAAGAAGGCCCGACCCGGCGAAAGGGCUUUGCUUGCAGGGGCGCACUUGGCGCACGCGCAGUGAGGUGCUCUUGCCCCGUCGUCUCUUCUGCCGACAAUGCCGACUGUCAGCGUGAAGCGGGAUUUGCUUUUCCAAGCGCUGGGCAGGAGCUACAGUAAGUGCGGAACGGCGGGGGCCGAGGGUGGUGGUGGUGGUUCUCGCGCCAGCGGGGUUUGGGCAUCCCUCGAUGCCGAGGGAAUCUAGGGAGACGAGCUGGGGGAAAUGUGUCCAGGAUCAGGCCUUGAAAGGCUGCUGGGGGUCCCUGGCAGGGAAAGGGAAAGCAGGGAAAGGACAGGCUCCUGCAGGUCUGUCGGUUGGUGUGGGGUCUGGAGAAGGGAGAGGCUGGGUCCUGGUGGGUGGGUUGUGCGUGUGCCCCAGUCAGCUGCCCAGAGUGGCUGGGGUGUAAAUAAUAUAUUUAUUACUAUUAUUAUUAUUAUUUAUUUGUUAAGAUGCCUUUAGCUUCGGGUCAGACUGAAAUCGCAGGCGUGCCUCUACCUUUCAUAGAAGGAAUGAAAGAGGUUUGGUUCAUUCAUUCCACAGCCAAAGGAAGGAAGCAUUGAAUUCCUGGACUGGAUCUGUUCCAUAGCUGUCAACGUUUCCCUUUUUUUAAGGGAAAUUCCCUUAUUCCGAAUAGGAUUCCUCUCAAGAAAAGGGAAAAGUUGACAGCUAUGAUCUGUUCAUGCAACUGUAGGAGUUGGGAAAAGCAAAAGGCGUCUUGCCCAGCCCUUGUUCUCGUAGAAUCAUAGAACUAUAGAGUUGGAAUGGUCCCUGAGGGUCAUCCAGUCCAGCCCCUUGCAUUGCAAGCAGGCUCAACACCAGGGGUACUUUUCCCAUCUUCUUAUUUUGAGGUACCAGUGGUUGAAAAUCACAGCUGUACAUACUUGGAAGUAGGUCGUAGCUUCAUGUGCCUUUUGUUGUUCUUUUAGAUUCAGAUUUGUUUAUGGUAGCUGUGGGCUUUCCCAUUCUAUAAUAGAAACUGCACAAUGAAGAGGGAAAGAGGUAUAAUAUAGAGUGUGAAAAGGGCUAGAUGAGGAACACAAAUGGGAGGUUAUAUGUAGCUGAUAAGCAUACUUGUCAACUGGCAAUUAGUAACCAUAUGUUAAAUUACUAUGCUAGGAAGCACAAAGAGAGAUACUAUACCAAGUUGCAAAAUGAUAUGUAUGAAUUACGUAUAGAUACCUUCAAUGUUUUAAGGUAGGAGUGGGAAGUUAGAUACUUUGCAGAACUGGAGUUAUUAAUAUACUUUCUGGCCCCUUCUGCAACCGAGCAGGUGAAAUCAGUUACCCUUUUCAAGGACUGAACCAUUUUGACUUACUGUAAAUAUUAGCACAUGCCAGAACUAAUGAAACAAAUUCCUUUCCAGCGGAUGAAGAAUUUGAUGAACUAUGCUUUGAGUUUGGAUUGGAACUUGAUGAAAUUGUAAGUAAUUAUUUUUAUUAACAUAUCUACUUGCAAAGACAUUUAAUUUAUGGCAUUUGUUGUGUAAUCCAGCUGCCAUCCUACAAAACUUUAUUCUUGAAUAUUUAAGACCCUCUUCAAUGAACAGCCUACUAGUAUAGUGAAACUAUACUUUUAGUACUUUUUAUUCCAUAUAAUAUUUCCUAAGUUCAGGCUGUAGUUGAACUUGAUUAUAGUAAGUUAAUGACUAAAAGUUCCUCCAAAUGGUGAGGUCUGAAAAACCAGUCUGUACAGUAUUAUUCUUUUGCUGUCAAACUUAAUAGUGUGUUAAUGAGUAAUGACUGCAAUUAGUUGUCAGUAGAAUUUAUAGACUUCUUUUUUUAAAAAAGGUCUUUGGCUUGUCACUGUUAUGUAGUUGCUUCACUAUACAAAUUUUGCUAAAAAUAUAGUUGUAACAUAUUUGGUAUUCUGAGUAAAAGUAGUUAGGGUUGUGCUGUCAAACAUUUGUAUGUCUCUGGCUGGUAUAGACAACCAUUUCGUUUUAAAACUCCAAUACAACUGUGUUUUAUUAGUGAUCUGCAUGUUUGUAUGAAAGUCACAUUAACCAAACUCAUAACAGUUUCCUGUGAAGUAUGCUUGUUUCAUUUCAGACUUCUGAGAAGGAAAUAAUAAGCAAAGAGAAAGGUGGUGAAAAGGCUGAGGGUGCAUCAGAAAUCAUUCUCUAUAAAAUUGAUGUUCCCGCUAACCGAUAUGACCUUCUUUGCUUGGAAGGUCUCGUCAGAGGACUUCAGGUCUUUAAAGAAAGGUACCUUAGUAUUUGGAGAUGUUGCAAACCUGUUUUAUUGGUUUACUAAUAAGGGCUGAGGUAAAACACUUCCAUUUGUUCUAUUCCUGAACAGCAUUUGUGUAACUAGGCCGUAGAUGCUGAAGUUUCUAAAGCAAGUAAAGCAUAUCUACAGAGCACUCCAAAUGCACUGCAAUGCGUUAGGAAGCAAGAGUAUUGACUUGCACACAUACUCUUAAGUCCAACUCACACUAUUUUCUAAUGUUUUCAAGGAAAAGUUGAGUAUUAUUAGAAACUUGGUGAUUUUACUCUGUUGUUCUAUUUGUUUUAUGUAACUUGUGUUUGCAUUCAUUGGAUAUCUGUUUAUAUUUGAGCAACAUUUUCCUGCAAAAUAAUGUGUUGAUAGUAGCACCCAUUAUAUCUUACACACAUUUCCUCAGCCACUUAUUGAAUCCAGUAAGACUUACUCUCUAAUCAUAGAGUGAUAGAAUUGUAGAGCUGGAAAAGACCCCAGGAGUCAUCUAGUUCAAUCCCCUGAAAUGUAGGAAUCUCAACUAAAGCAUCCAUGAUGGAUGGGCACCCAACCUCUGCACUUUAAUACUUUCUAGCAAAAAAAGGUACCAACUGUUUCCAGUUGUGUUUAGAUGCUUUAAAAUAUUGAAUAACACUUAAAGUUUGGUUCUAUUUAUAAUAUUUAAGGCACAGACUGGUUCUUGUCCUAUGUGCAUGUGUAUGCACAGCUGACUAGAAGGUGGCAGAAGGGAGUUCCGUAUUUAGGAGUUGCAUAUGUUGUUUGGAGAACAACAUGGAUCCAUGGUUCAGUGCUGUUACUUUUUUUUUGUAUAUGUGUAAAAAUUGUUCUUGAAUGUUAAUCUCAAUGCUUAAUAUUUUAGAAUUAGGGCUCCAAGAUACAAGAAGAUCACACCACCUAAUGGUGAAAUUCAAAAGCUGACCAUCACUGAAGAGGUAAAUAAAACACAACUACAUCUCAACAUAACACUUCAAUGAAUAUUUGUCAUAAGUGAUGAUGAUGGGGCCUCUCUUUAGGAAUUCUGAAGUCUAUGUUUUAUUGGAUUUAAAGUAAAAUUUGGUGUUAGCCGUACUAAGGCUUUUGGUCACCAUGUGUGUCUUCAGGAAUAUAUGCAUGUGAGAGGACAAAUUAAUCUGGAUGUCAUUUACUGUGAAUAUUGGCACAGUUAAACACCAAGCAAGGAGUUUGUACUGUCUCAGUGAAAUGUUCCCUUGAUAAAAAGCAAAUGUAAAGCAUCCUUGAGGGAUCCCAGAGCUCAUUCCGUGGUUCUUUGGAUCCUGGUCAAUCUUUUCUUGCUCCUAGGUAGAGUUUCAUGAUAGAAUAUGGUAAUUUUUUCUUUGUGGAGUCCACCCCCCAAAGUGAAAAUUAAUUGCAAGAUAUUCUGUGUUUUGGGAUUGCUUUCUAGUGGCACAAUAGAACCCACCCCGCUUUGUCAAAUUCCCUAAUCUUCGUAAUGCACCCUUACACAUUGCAGACUACUCAAGUCCGUCCUUAUGCUGUGGCUGCAGUGCUUCGUAAUAUAACUCUUGACAAGAACCGCUAUGAUAGCCUUAUUGAUCUACAAGAAAAAUUACAUCAAAAUAUAUGCAGGUUAGUUGGCAGUAAUGCAUACAGUUGAACAAAUUACAUUGUUGUUGUUGUUUUAAAUGAUGAAUUAUCAGUCAUUGGCAGCAUUCACACAUUGUGUAAAACCAUAUUUAAGCUUCACUAUAAUGUAAAGGCGGACACACAGCAAUCUUGUGUACAGUGUGCAAAUCACUGCUGCUUCACUCCUCCCUUGCCAUGUUUCUGGGAGCUACAUCAUGGUUUGGUUUGACAUUAACACCCAAUCCUGAGCUCACAAUUUGUUUUCCUCAAGCAAGCCAGGAGCAGUAAGCCAAGAACAAAUGGUUGCUACUGCUUAUGGUUUGGUCAGAGAGAGAAAAAAAAGCCAUGAGCCUGAGUUCAGAUACAGUGCUGCCUCACAGCAGCAAGAGUGGGGGAUGAGCAACUGGAUCAAUCUCUUGGAAAAGUUCUGAUUGAAGAAGAAGGUGGUCUUUUAUGUUUUCAUUAUAUUUUAAAGCAAUUAGCUAUUUUUUUAAAAAAUCAAGGCUAAUUGGAAGCUUCUUGGAUAAAUCUUUUUUUUAAUGGUCUCUUUUGAUAUGCAUAUUAUUGUGUAACAUUGAAGGCUGUUUAAGACAGCUGGACCACCGAGCAGAAGUGAUUUAAUAUUUCUAUAAAGAUGAUUUAUUUAUUUAUUUAUUUAUUUAUAACCCGCUCAUCUGGCUGGGUUUCCCCAGCCACUCUGGGCGGUUCCCAACCGAAUAUUAAAAACACAAUACAGGAUUAAACAUUAAAAACUUCUCCAAACAGGGCUGCCUUCAGAUGUCUUUUAAAAGUCAGAUAGUUGCUUAUUUCCUUGACAUAUGCUGGGAGGGCAUUCCAAAGGGCAGGUGCCACUACUGAGAAGGCCCUCUGCCUGGUUCCCCUCUGCGGUAUCUGUAUAUUUUAAUGAGGAAUUUCAGGAGUGGGUGGAAUCUUCAUUGCUAAUUUGUCUUGUUUUCAUUUUAUAGGAAAAGAUCCUUGGUAGCAAUUGGUACCCAUGAUCUUGACACAAUCUCUGGCCCAUUUACAUACACAGCUAAGCCACCAUCUGAAAUUAAAUUCAAACCUUUGAAUCAGGACAAGGAAUACAAUGCUUCUGAAAUCAUGGAUCUGUACAGGGUAGGUGACUACAAAUCUAUAAGAUGUAUCUUUAGGAAAAAUGCAGGUCUAGAGACACAUUGUUCACAGUCUAGAACAGGGUGGUCUGCGAGGCCUUUUUUGGCAGCACUCAGCGGCAUUCAAGAAAAAAAUAUUAAAGCAUUUAAAAUAUAUUUUUGUGUCAUUCAUGAAAGCACAUUUAUUUGUGUAUUUAAUUUGUUUAAUAAAUUAACUAUAUUGUUACAUGUGCAUGUGUAUACACACACACACACACACACACACACAAUAUUAUUUAUGUAUAUUAAUAUUACAUAUAUUGUGAGCUUUUUAAUUUAUGAUAUGGAAAUUUAAUCCAGUGUGUGUUGAACUACUCUUGUGGCCCACUUGGUAUGAAAAUUUGGACUGCCCUAAUUUGGAAGAUCAUGCAACUAGUUCUCUGUGUACAAUGAGAUUGCAUCCCCCCCCCUCAAUUAGCUCCCCAUACUACACAGGAAACCAGUUUUGGAACUGAUAGGGAGUUUAAGAAAAAUAUGACUGAAGCAAAAUACAUGGAAGCACGUUACAUUGGUGAACCAAACAUCAUAAUGAUGCUCAAUUCACAUUUUUUUCUCUGGAGAAACUUAAGCAUAUGUUUUUUUCUUUUUUUUGUCCUAGUAAUGAAACACAUCUGUUAGAAGCAGCAGUGUUAUGUUUUACGUUUGUUUAAAUAAUAUCAUGCUGCUACAACCGCAGGAUGAUACUGUGGGAAGGUUCAGGGAUGCAGGAGAGGAUAUAUUGUUUGAUUAUAUCCUUAUCCAACUUGUGUUAACAAGUUCCACAAUUUCAGCAGAGUAACAUUCCCCUCUUUUAAAUUUGCAGCGGGUGCGUUUUGCUCAGGCUCGCUAAAGCCUCUAUAAUAACUGUUCUGGUAUUUUCCCCUGAUUCCCUCAUAAAAUAUAAGACACGACAGUCUUCUAUAAAAGUAUAAAAAGAGUUUACUCACAUUCUGUUCACAAUCAGAUCCCAGAAGGCAGACUUAGCUUAGAAAAGUAACAUACCCUUGGAAACUAUUCCAUAAGAAGACAGUCCCUUUGUCCUCUCUUGGCUGGAAGCCAAGAGGGCAUCAUUGGCUAAGCAGUUGUUGCUUCUUUGAUGCAUGUGGUGAAAGAGAGAGAGAUGGCUGCCCUGCCCUGUGGUUUUGUCAUUACCUGCACAGGUGAGGCCACACCCACCUCUAGUCACAUGCAGAGGAAGUCUGUCCCAGCCCAGAAGGAAACAGGAAGUUUACCUGCUGGCUGGACAAUCAUUCCUCCCCAUGCGCAAACAUGUUCACUCUAGGAAUAUUGUAGUUGACUGCUCCUGUGUUUCACAUCCCACAGAUACCUUGCAGUAACUGUUUAGGAAAGAAAUGUAAAUAUUUCUGCUUUAUUUGUUUUAGACGGAUAGUCAUCUGAGGCAUUAUCUACACAUUAUUGAAAAUGAACCCCUUUACCCAGUUAUCUAUGAUAGGAAUGGUGUUGUGCUUUCAAUGCCACCGAUAAUUAAUGGUAAGAUUGUGCUUUUCUUAUUUUGUGUUUAUUUAGUAUUGUCUAUCUGCUACCUCAUGACUUUCUUCUUCUGUUAGGGUCUGGUGAAGUUCAUUAUUUUGCUCAUACCAAUACAGUUAUGAUAUUACCUCUUUGCUGAAACCUGUGUUGCAUAGUAACCUUUUCUGUUUUUGAGAGUGUUUUUAAUCUAUUCUCACGGUCUGAUUCUCUCAAAUCUAUAUUAAAAGAAGAAUAUUAGCUCUGUUUUAAAAGUGUAGAAAUCUGAGAAAAUGAAAUGUAGAUUGUAAAUGUAACAAAGUGUUGUUCAGAAAUGUACAUAUUACCUCAGUAUGCCUGUCAGGACCAAAUUGUAACUCUAAUUUCAGUGUUCAGUUGAGGUGAAGUUUUUGCUGUAUGGGGGAAGAAAUUGGCAAGGUCUAGAAGCCUGCCCAUAUUUUAAAUAAAAGCACUCCUGCAGCAUCAAACAACUUCAAAUGUCUGUAUCUGCUUUUUCCAGGGGACCAUACAAAAAUAAGUCUUAACACCAGAAAUGUGUUCAUUGAAUGUACAGCCACAGAUCUUACCAAGGUAAAUAAGCUUGAUAAAGCAGCAAGAUGCUGAACAGUAUAAUUCUGCUGAAAGUAUAAUUCUGAUUUGCAAAGUAAAUUGGAAAUGGUUCAUCUUUGAAGCUGACCUAAGCUGCUAGCAUACAUUAAUCUCUAGAAAUAUAUAUUCGGCAAAGUCCAUAUGAGAGUUUAGGAUGGUGUUUUACAGAGUCACCAGAUCCUACAAUCUCAUAGUUGUUGGGCUGAUUGUUCCUCUGGACAUUUAAUUUUAGAGCGAUAAUCCACUUGAUGCUCUCGUCUGCCAGCCACAGGCAUCUACUCACUUCAUCUUCAGGAAAAUCUGUUGACUUCAACCAAUGGGAUUGGGCUGGGUAACUCUUUAUUGCCUCACUUUUUGGGGUUGAGGGGAGCAGUUAGUUUUAAAAGGCGAUACACUGCUUUAGUAUCUUAUUGUGAGCUAACAUUGUAGUCUUGUAUUUUAAAUAUGUACAUGAAACUAAACAGUAUAUAUAUAAAAUAUUUCUUAAAGGCGAAGAUUGUCCUUGACAUCCUUGUCACAAUGUUCAGUGAAUACUGUCAGAAGCCAUUCACGUGAGUUAACCUUUUUUAAAAUAUAUAUAUAUAUAUAUUUUGUAUUAAGUUUCUUUUCUCAUAACAAAUAACCAAUAACAUUAUUAAACAAACAUUUUCCAAUUUUCUCCCUCCCUGUUGACUUCCCUCAACUACCAUUUCUGGUUUGUUACAUCAAGUGAUACAUUCUGCUGUUUGUAUACUAUAAUAUGUUUAUUUAAAUCCAGCCAACGAGACCAUUUCUUCUUGUUUUUGCAAAUAUAUUGUAAAAGGUUCCCAUUCUUUUUCAAAGUCACUAUUGUCCUUUUCACGCAAUUUGUCUGUUAACUUGGCUAGUUCUGCAUAGUUCAUCAACUUUUCUUGCCAUUGUGCUUUUGAUGGUACUUCUCCAGUCUUCCAAUUUUGAGGUAUUAAGAUUCUUGCCGCUGUUGUCACGUACAUAAAUAGAUUCCAUUUUUCUUUCAGCAAUUUUUGUCCUAAAAUACCUAAGAGAAAAGCUUCUGGUUUUUUAACAAAUGUAAUCUUAAACAUUUUUUAAAUUCAUUAUAUAUCAUUUCCCAAAAGUUUUUAAUGAUUCUGCAAUCCCACCACAUACGAUAAAAUGUACCUUCCCCUUCCUUACAUCUCUGACAGUUUUUUUUCCUGUUCUAUACAUUUUUGCCAGUUUUACUGGUGUAAUGUACCAUCUAUACAUCAGUUUCAUGUAAUUCUCUUUCAACACUAUACAGUCUGUACAUUUCAAAUUCACUUUCCAAAGUCUUAUCCAGUCUUCAGAUUGUAAAUUAUGACCUAAAUCCUGUGCCCAUUUAAUCAUUACUGAUUUGACUUCACAUGAGUUAACCUUAGCACUUAAAACAAAAACAAAAAAUGUUCAUGUCUUCUGUAUCCCGCAUGUUAAACAUUUUUUGCUUUUCCCUCCUCCAGUGUUGAAGCAGCAGAAGUAACUUACCCUAAUGGAAAAAGCUACAAUUUUCCAGUGAGUAUUUCAGAAGCGAUGCAACCAGAGCUUUGUUUUCAUAAAUGCAAGCUAAUAAGUACAAAUUGAUGGACCCACUUUUUGAAAGGAGACAUAAGACAGGGUGUAUUUUCUCUUUCUUGGCUUGCAUGUCUGCUACAGAGCACUUUGGGUAUCAACCCUUGCUUGUUCCCUUGCACUUCAUAGAGUUCUUUUACUGGGUAAUGUUCCAGCUAUUUCCCCAAAACUGUCCCACUUACCAUCUUCAAGUGCAGUGCCAGCCCAAGACGCUUUGCUACCUGCAGUGGAGCCUAAAUAGUUCCCCACAAGGGCCAGUACUUUAAAAUGACCUGUUGCACCAGCCUGUGUAUUUUGCCACUCCCACCCCUACCUUCAUCCUGCCACCACAAGCAGCUUGCUUCACUCUGUCCAGGUAGGCUUUCUGGUCUUCCGCCAGCAUGCUCUGGAUUUUUCUUCUGGGUGCUGAGUGGCACAUAAAUCCCCUGUAGGUUUUUAAUUAUGUAUGUAGGAGAGUGAUACACUUAGAGAGAAAAUCGAUUUCUAUACUUAAAACUCCCUCCCUUCUUUGCAGGAGCUGGCUUAUCGUCGGGAAAAGAUAAAGCCUGAAAUACUGAAUAAGAAAAUUGGAAUUAGGUAUGCUAAAUCUCUUAGCUGUCUUUGAAGGGUGCACAUAGUUCCAUUGACAGCAUUUGUGUCACAUUUUUAACGCUUGUUAGGUUUAUACAUUUUUAGGAUCUGGUAAGAAUACAGAGAGGUGCUUAAACCCUAGAGAUCCAUAUUUUAUUAUGAUAUAUAACCCACUUUUUGGAUAUACAAUUAAAUAUCAAAAUACAACAAAAAAAUCCAACUAAAAUAAAAUAGUAGCAGAAUGAAAAUUUGUUUGGUAGAGCCACGAAUGCCGUAGAUACCAUUUUAUUUAAACUUCAAGUCUGUUGUACAUAUUAAUGAACUCAGUGCGUGAUGCUACAGGCUAGAGAACUAUCAUGAUGAUGUUACAAAAUACCACAGUGCCAACUAGUGCUCUGAAUAAAUGUUGCACCCACCAUUCAGUAAUCGUUCUCCUUGGAUAGUUCUGAAUGGAUGUGUACUGUUGCUCCAAAGCUGUACCUUUUUAUUUGUUGUUGUUGCUGCUUUAUUUACAUAUCACCCUUUGUUAAAACAAAGGAGUGGUUGAACAACAUGCAUAACCUUAAAAUGAGAAACACAGUCUUGAUGCAUCACUGAAACAGAACCAUACCAAACCUAUAUGUUGUUGUUGUUGUUGUUGUUUAGUCGUUUAGUCGUGUCUGACUUUUCGUGACCCCAUGGACCAGAGCACGCCAAGCACUCCUGUCUUCCACUGCCUCCCACAGUUUGGUCAGACUCAUGUUUGUAGCUUCAAGAACACUGCCCAACCAUCUCGUCCUCUGUCGUCCCCUUCUCCUUGUGCCCUCCAUCUUUCCCAACAUCAGGGUCUUUUCCAGGGAGUCUUCUCUUCUCAUGAGGUGGCCAAAGUAUUGGAGCCUCAGCUUCACGAUCUGUCCUUCCAGUGAACACUCAGGGCUAAUUUCCUUAAGAAUGGAUGCGUUUGAUCUUCUUGCAGUCCAUGGGACUCUCAAGAGUCUCCUCCAGCACCAUAAUUCAAAAGCAUCAAUUCUUCGACGAUCAGCCUUCUUUAUGGUCCAGCUCUCACUUCCAUACAUCACUACUGGGAAAACCAUGGCUUUAACUAUACGGACUUUUGUUGGCAAGGUGAUGUCUCUGCUUUUUAAGAUGCUGUCUAAGUUUGCCAUCACCUUUCUCCCAAGGAGCAGGCCCAAACCUAUAUAGCAUCCCGUAAAAACAUUCUAAGGUGCCAUGUACCAUAUCAUGAUAUUCCAAAGCACUUGCCAUGUGUCAUGUUAGUGGAACUCAUUUGGGGACAGAAAUGCAAGGUAUAGUUUUCCUCAUCGGGAGGAGCAAAGACAAACACUUGACAAUGAAGUCAAGUAUGGACCCAUCCUGUCGGAAUCAGGGGGUCAAAAGGCCAGCUGGCUCGGCCCCAGCUGGAGCAUCUCCCCUCAGCCUUGCCGAUGCGGAGAUUCAUUGACCUCUGCUCCGAUGUACAUCAGUGACUCAAGCUUGCAGACUUGAGCACACUUUACUCAGUGUGAACUGCGCAACAGAAGAGGCUUGAGGCUGUAGGCACAUACUAAACUACGCAUUUAUUAUACAUAAAUCAGGACAAAGAAAACAUGGUAUCUCUCCUUGCUGUCUUCUCGGAGAGAGACUAAAAACAAAAGCAAUACAGAGCGGAAGUUCCGCUCACACAAGCAAUCUGUGCUGGAAUGUAAACAGACAUGUGACAGGUAAAAAACCCAUGUCUGCAGCAAUGGGUGGAAUGGAAUCCCAACACAUCCAACAUUCUCUACUUGUAUUACUGUUCCACUGAAAUACUUCUUUAGCUAUAGCAUUGCUACCAGGAAUUCUGUCAAUCAGUAGUGGCUCUAUUUGUGGAAGGCUUUCCCCACCCUGGCACCUUCAUUAUACACCUUCAGGUGCCAGGCAAAAACGUUUCUCUUCAACCAGGCCUUUGGCUGAUUAACAUCCUAUACCCUUUUAAAUGUGUUUGUGGAAGGAGGUGGGGGAGCAGGGGUAUUUGUUUGUGGUGGGGGGGUUGUUCUUGUUUCUAUUAUGUAUUUUGUGUUUUUAUAUUGUAUUUUUAUGUUGUGAACUACCCUGAGAUCUAUGGAUGAAGGGCAAUAUACAAAUUAAAUAAAUUAAAGGCCAAUCAUCUCCCAUAUGUCAGUGCUCGGAUUCAGGGGCACAUGAUCUCAUCCAGCCAUGCCGCACCUGAAAUCUUAAUCUGUACAACAGGAGCUGGGAAUUGGAUCUGGCUAUUGGGCCAGGUCCUUCCUUCCCAUUUCAUUUGCAGGUCAAAUUAGUCAACCACCUGGUGUCGCAAGGAGUCCGGCACGGCGCUUUGAAGUCCUGCUGAUCAGCUGGUUGAUAGUACUGAGCAGGGCUCUUGGCAGAUCCCUUUAAAGACUGUCUAUGGAGCUCCCCAUGGGAUUCCAGGGAGCUUGAAGUUGCCACCAGGAUCUGCUUUCUUCUGGGAUCAGCUGCACUGCUGUGUUCCCCUGACUGACAGUGAGAGCAAACCUCUCUUGUUAAUGCACAAUCGGGAAAACACUUUAAGGCUCGUGGUUUGGAUUGGCAGCUGGCAUCAGAUGUGGGUUUGGUUUGGGGGAAAUGGCCUUAUGGGCAAAAUUGGGACCCAUGCUAAGGUGUAUGUCUCUGUUCUACUGAACUUCUAAAACCUUUUUGCUCCUGCGAUGGCUCUCUUCCAUUUUGAUGACAGUGCCACGAAAUUUUGAGCUGUUGGAAAUACUUAGGUGUCCAGUUCUAAGGUACUUGGGAGAUUGGAGAUGUUAUGUUGUUUUGUAUCACAACAUUGAUUUAGAUAUGGAGGGGACAACCCUGUUGCCAUUUGAGCCUUUAGUCAUCAGAUGCCGUGUGCCUUUAUUGCCCUUUAUUCCUGGGGCUGAUGGGAGCUGUUGUCCAAAAUCAAUGAGAAGACACCAGGAUAGGGAACGCUCAUUAAUUGUAUCCAAAUAUAUGCUGUCUGUCACAAAGCAGCCUAUUCCUAUUUUAGGCUGGUUGACCAUCUGUCAGGGACAUUGAAGUUGCAUAGUACCUUUCAACACUGAAAGUACCGUGCAACACCAUAAUUAUAUACUGCUGCACUGCACCAUACAACCCCUGAUCUCUUGCCCUCAAGAAGUAAAAAGAAAAUAUAUACCAGAUAAUAUAAUUCUAGCAGGAGCUUCAGUCAGGAACAGGCACUAGUCAUCUUUUACUUAGGCUUCACUUUAUUGGAUGAAACCAGUCUGUUUGAGAUCUGGGACAUUUUAAUUACUCCACACUUUCUCUUGUAUGCAACUUUUCAAACUCCUAUUUAUGUACUUCCUCUUAUAAGUGUGAGAAGAUAAAUGUUGGUGCAGGUUGAGGGGGGUAACGAUAUUUACUUGAAAUGCCAAUUAUAAGCCAGUUUUUUGUUUUGUUUUUUAAAGAAAAUUAAAAGGUCUUAAGGACUUGUUCAACACCAAGUAUCAUAAGGUUGCUAUUGUGCAGCAAAAUACUACUAUUUUAUCUCCUGGAUUGAUUUGUGAGUCUUGGCAUUUUUUUUAGCUUGAUCACUGUGAAAAUGAAAGGCAGUGGCUUCAGAAUGAAACCAUGUGAUAUUUUCCUUUAAAAAUUACUCUUGCUUAUGUUUUAGUGAGACUCCAUCAAACCUUGCAAAGCUGCUCACCAGGAUGUGUUUGAAGUCACACGUCAUAGCGAAUGGGAACAAUAUAGAGGUUGAAAUCCCUCCUACCAGAGCUGACAUUAUCCAUGCAUGUGAUAUCAUAGAAGACGCAGCAAUAGCGUAUGGCUAUAAUAACAUUCAGAUGACUAUUCCGAAAACAUACACCAUAGCUAAUCAAGUAAGAUUGCACCCUUAAGUAAACAGUCUGUAUUGUCAGUUUAAAGGCUAGAAGUAUGCCAGAAGGGUUCUUAGAAGAAAACUGCGCCUAAGAAUUAAAACAAUAUUCUGUCAUGUCUUCUAGCAAUGGGAGUUUACUGUAGCAGGGAUACAAAACAGAUGCCCAACUGAUCUGAGAAACUCCAAAGACCUGCAGUGGAUGGGCUUGGGGAGGGGGAGGGCAACGUUUAAACCUGGAGGCCAUAUUAAAUCUCUAACUGGGAACUGCAUUUCCUCAGUCAAGGCCAGAUGUAGCUGUUUGGGAUCACCUUUUUUGAAAAGCCGUUCUCGCAGUCAUCUCCAUGAUUUUAUGAUAUUUGUUGAGCUGAAAGAUGAAAAAAUUAUUUUCUGUUCCCUCUAGCUUCCUCUCAAUAAGCUCACAGAACUUCUGAGACAAGAUUUGGCAGCGGCAGGCUUUACCGAAGUGCUCACUUUUUCUCUGGUGCGUGUUAAAGAACUAUUUAAGACUGCUAUAAUCUCAUUGAGGAUUCAGGCAGCAGCAGUGGUAUAUGAUCAUUUUGUCAGGCUCCGAUUUGCUAAUGUUUCAGUGUAAACAAAUUUCACAGCAGUGAAAAAGGAAUAGUUGCUCUGGUUUUUUGAGUUCUAAGACCCUGCCUGACUUGCCUUAGCCUUCUUAGCCUGCCUCUCUUUCAUAUCUGCCUGAGCUUAUCAGCAGAAUGAAGAGAGAAAAUGAAGAAUAAAGAGCCUUCCUUUUUGGAAGGUUGUGGCCAGGAAGAGAGCAAGCUGGCUAUGGCACAAGGAUGUUAAGAGUGGUUCUGCAGAACUGAGGCCCUGUUGGAAACAUCUUUUCUGGAGGGGCAGUAAGUUAUGCUGGUCCUGUCCUUCUACAUCAAAGAGAGUGGAGCUUGACUGAUAGAUCUGCUAAUACCUGCUCCUCAGGCCCAGUCCAAUAAUGUCUGGAGGGCCAUGCGUUCCACACCCCGGUCUUACAGAGAACAUCUCGCCAGCUCUUAAAACAGCUGCAAUGUCCAUUUUUAGGCACAGUUCACUGUUAAAUAUGCUAACUAUUGAAACUGUAAGCAACUUGAGACCUGGCUUUGUCCUAAAAAUCUGUCCAAAGCUAUAUAUUCUUCAUCAGAGGUUCUUCUUUGAGUUCUGCCACUAUUUGAGGGGAGGUAGUUGGUGACCCAAGGGAGGACUUGGUGUGCUGCAUUUGGCAUGCUUUGUCAGUGAAGCUCACUGGACAAGAAGUUUGAUGAAUUUCUGGUUCCAGGCAAAUGCUGCUUCUAUUUUUCCAGUAUCUUGAAUAACUAGUUUCCAUUUUUUUUUAUGGUUUGGCUGGAUUAUAUUCAGAUUACUUGUGUUUUUAAGAUUGCACCGUCUCAGGAGCUUAUGCCGGAAAAUGGCUAACAAAUGUAUUAAAUUAAUAGAUAACAUAACUAGUGUUUAAAUUCAACACUACAUGUUCAAAUUUAAAAAGUUAAACACAGACCUGCUCAGUUAGAUUUAGUGUUGCCAGCCUUCAUAUCCUGACCAUUCCUAGAUAUUUAUUUUUUGCUAUUAGUAAUUUUUGAAAUUGAGUUAUAUUUAACUUGGUUGGGUUUAAAUUAAUUUGUUUCUUUUCAGUGUUCCCAAGAAGACAUUGCUAAUAAACUGGGAGUUGACAUCUCUACAACGAAAGCUGUGCAUAUAGCAAAUCCCAAAACAGCAGAAUUUCAGGUGAGGAUUAUAAAGUGAGUUUUAGGCUAGAAUACAAAACUGCUUGUUGCCUGUAACUCUAAAUGAGUUAUGGCCAAUGGAAAACUUUGAUUUACUGUGGCAUAUAAGUAUGAAAUAUGUCAAUCAGAAGCCGUUCAGAGGCCAUGUUUUAUAGCUUGCAUUGUUUAUGGUCAGUCCUGAGUAUCUUUUGCAAUAUUUAAUUUCAGUCUUGUAUUCUCCAGUUUAAUAGUAUUGCUUUUUUUCACAGACACUUUGUUUUAGAUAAUUACUACAUAGACAGUCCUGCAAAUGUUGGUCUGUGUUGGCAGAUUGUAAGCGGCUGGGAAUUGCUGAAGUGUAGGGGAGAAAUAAGGGAGAAAUAAAUAUAUUUCCUAUUAAUUCUGAUACUUGACUCUUGUGUAUGUUGCCACGUCUUGCUCUCAGUUGGAGAUGUUCUUACCCAUGGGUAGGCAAACUAAGGCGCGGGGGCCAGAUCCGGCCCAGUCGCCUUCUCAAUCCGGCCCUCAGACGGUCCAGGAAUCAGCGAGUUUUUACAUGAGUAGAAUGUGUCCUUUUAUUUAAAAUGCAUCUCUGGGUUACUUGUGGGGCCUGCCUGGUGUUUUUAACAUGAGUAGAAUGUGUGCUUUUAUUUAAAAUGCAUCUCUGGGUUAUUUGUGGGGCAUAGGAAUUCGUUCACCCCCCCCCCCCCAAAUAUAGUCCGCCCCCCCCCCCCAAGGUCUGAGGGACAGUGGACCGGCCCCCUGCUGAAAAAGUUUGCUGACCCCUGUUCUUACCUAUAGAGACAUGUUUAAUAUAUAAAGUUCCCUAUGUGCCCUACAGGUGGCGCGCACUACUCUCUUGCCUGGUCUUCUGAAAACUAUUGCCGCUAACAGGAAAAUGCCUUUACCUCUGAAACUCUUUGAAAUCUCUGACAUUGUAGUGAAAGAUUCCACCAUAGGUAAGCUAAUCUCAGUAAAUGCUAAUGUCUUCAGAAAUCAAGGGCAUGAUUGAGUCCCAUCCUGAGCGUACUGCCCACAUGUGAUAGAUCUCCUGUUUUCCCUCUGCCAUGGGUUCAUACAUGGGUGUGCUCAGCCAGUGCAUCAGGGGGAAUGAGAUGUACCAUAUCCCUGUUCAGCCUUUCCCCUCCGCUUGCUACAGCAUAGAGGUAUGCAUUGGAAGGCAUGAAUAGACUUGCCACGGCCUGUUGCACUAGCUGAGUGCUCUCAUGCAUCCACAUAGGUGCAGAAGGAGAAGCAGGGCUCUGUUGAAUGUCAGGGAAUCCCCUUGCAGGUGGCCACUGUGCUUUUGUGCUAGACUGAUCAUACCUCAGUUUUGAAAUGCUUUUAGCAUAUACUUAUUCAGUGGGUAAAGUUGAUUAUACAAUAGCUCUCUGUUUUAAUUGAAAUGUCUCUCUUCUGAAUUGAUAUUUUAAAUCACACAUCCUUUUACCUAUUCUAUCCGCCAUGUUUCAGGAGCCCUAUGUAGAGUUUUCCAAUUAGAUCAUUCAUGGGUCUUAACUAAUCAUUUGGAGACCUUGUAUAACAACAUGGUAAAAAAAAAGAUGUACAUCACCCAAAUGCAAGUGUCCUAUGAAAUUUUGUUGCUAGAGGGCAGCGUUUACCAACUUUAUUUCUCAUUGUGUUUUUUGGCUCGCAAAUUGUAUUAAACAGGUUUUUCAGACAGUGCUUUGAAGUCACUACAAUACAUAUGAAAUUUAUGUUAAUAUAUUUGGCUGGUCCAUUUUUUAAAACACAGCAGAAUUGUUUUGUGGAAUGACGCCAUAGUUUUCGAGUUAGUUAGAAUGAACUGAGAAAGCUUAGCUUAGCUUUGGCAGCAAACACUCUAUUUGGUCUGUAAUGAAUGAACUUCAUAAUCAAGUACAAUAUUUCAAAUCUGGAUGUCAUGAGUGUGUGUGUGUGUGAGAGAGAGAGAGAGAGGGAGAGACAUCUAGAGCUAUUAGUACUGCCUGGAUAUGACUCAGACUUUGGCCGAGUUCUCUCUGUGGUAAUAAAGCUCUGCCUGGACUGUGUCAUUUCAGACUGCAGGUGGAGGUUUAAAUUUGUUGUUGUUACAGUAUAUGCUAGUUGUGUUUUUCAUUGCAUUUUAUAUGCUUCGUUCUUCCAUUGAUGAGGAUGAGCCCGAGGCCCUUUGAGGCCUUGUUCAGAUCACACUAAACUGUGUAUAAUUCUGGUAUUUAUACACUAUAGCAAAAAUCAGCAUGCCAGGGAGGAGGCUAGGCUAAAAUGCUUUUUCUUGACAUGCUAGAUUUCUAUGAGUUGGAAUGUUCUUUUUUUAAAAAAAGUCAAAGAUUCAGUCUUGACAACGCUCACAACUAGUCUGAAGUGGUACAUUUCAAACACAGUUUUAUACUGCAAAAGAACUAAGCCUCAGAAAAGACCUUUUAUUUUUGCUUGUUCUUAUUUAUUUACUUUUAUUUAAUAAGUUACUACAUUCUGUAUUUCUCUUUUGAUCUACAGAUGGUCAGUGUGUAACUGUAAAUAAACACUGAUACAAAAUUGGAUUAAAGCGGGCAAGAGCUAUAAAAUGCCGUCUCUGCAAAGCCAAUAAUUUUGGUUUCCUCUUUCUUCUCCAGAUGUUGGUACAAGAAACCAUAGGCAUCUUUGUGCUGUCUACUAUAACAAAAACCCUGGUUUCGAGAUAAUUCAUGGAUUGCUGGAUAGAGUCAUGCAGCUGCUGGAUAUCCCACCAAGUAAAGAGAAGGGAUAUUAUAUUAAAGCAACUGAAGGUAAGGGAAGCACAGAAAAUGCCAGGGACCCUACCUGCAAAUAGUUGCUGAACAGGUGGAUCAGAGCCUUAUAUACUGCCUAUCUAGUAAAGCAAUUAUUUGGAGACAAUGACUUGUCUUGUAGUGCAAGCAGAAGGAAGCAGCAAUGAAUAUCCCACCCCCUCUAGCCCCUUCACCUCCCAAAAAACUCUCCUGAAUAGAGAGAGAUGGGGCCACAUGGCCAUUGAAGAGAGGUAAAUUCCCAAAAUUGGGGUAAGGAGGCAAUGUUCCUUCUGGUCGCUCUGUAGUUCUUCAGUGCAGCGAAGUGAUCUUUCUAACAAUACAGAUGGUAGGUAUUUUAUCACAAAGGUUGAUACAGUGUUGCACCACAAUUUUCCUCGUGGAACCUCAGGUGUUUGUGAAGUACAGCGGGGGUUUUUUACUUCAUACCAUUUGAAUGAAACAUGAGGAACUGAAUGUCCAAUGGACAGUAGCAUGAGGCCAUCCUUUUUUAUCCAUAAGAAUGAGAGUCCCUAAUGCACUUUUAAAAAUGAGCUGUAAAUAGCUCUCUGAGGUGUGUUUAUAUUUAAACUGGGGGGGUGAUGGGCGAUGACAAAGUGCCUGUGUCUCUCAAAGUUAGGUUGAGCUACAAAUUUCUAGUAGCUUUUAUAAAAGAGGGAGGGAAAUGAAGCUUAGCUGUGUAGUUGUCAUUAAAAUUGCCCUAUAAAUUGCAAUAAGGAUGCUCUUUUGUUUAAUUCUUGUACUUCAUUCAGUGUGUGCGUUGCAAGUAUGUGACUUCAGUUAAAACUUUGUACAUUUUUAAUAUAAAAGCCUUGCUAAGAUCUGUGUAAUGAUCUGGCUCAUUUCAUAAUUUAGAAAAGGUGUCUGUUUACUGUAUAUGUUCGUUCUUGUUCCAUAUGUGCACACCACGGUUAUUAGAUCACCUUCUGUUCCCGUAAUACCUAAAUAUCCAUUAAGUUAAUCUCAGGGUCACAAUCUUUUUGCCCUUGCAGCAACACCUGUGCAAUAAUUACAGAUGCUUGAAAAUAUGGGUGAAAUUGUGAUGUUCCCCAGGCCUUCACACUGAUGUUUAGUGUAACUGGAGCCCUGCAGUAUAUUGGGAGAGAAUUUUAGCCUUGAGUGAUCAAGUCUUAUUAAAGAUGAAACCAUACUCCUUUAUGAAAGGAUUCUGGGACAAUCCCAAAUAUUUACCAUCUGACACUUAUUAAGAGUCAUAAAUACAUCUCCAAAUUUAGCACCCCUUUCAAAAACUUAAUUGCAAUUUUCUAAAUUAAUUUGUUAAACGGUAUGAAACAAGCUUUCCGUUGAAAUUAGCAGGCUAUUACUGUAAACUACAUUUUGCGUAGCUUAGAGACUGUCACGUGCUGUCUUUACAUUCAGUGUUCCUUGAUUGAUCCAUAAAUAGAUUAAAUAUACGUUUAUGGGCACACAUGGACGAGAAGCUUCCCCUUCCCGUACUUGUUUUUUCUGUCUAAAGGCCUGAAUUGUUAAACUUUUAGAAUAUCAACCUUGAAAUCUUAGUAUUCAGGGUUCAAGUCCCUUUUCGGGCAUGUCCUUUCUUCUGCCAGGUAUAUGCAUGAGGACUGCCACUUUAGAUCCUGAGAACUGUCCAAAGGUACAUGAUACAGUCUAACACAGAAUCAAAGCAUGUCUGGUCCUGUAAGCUGCUUGGAUAGAAAGCUGUCUGGGAACCAUAUCUAAGCAUCAUUGAACUCUUCAGAGGAAGAGCAGGGUUAGGUAGGGUUAAAUGGAAGAAAUACAUUUUUAAAAUCCUCCCAUGAUUUUCAAAAAGUAGAGAUCUUUGCUCAAAACAGAAGGUGCCCCCCCAUCCUCUCCAGUUAAAAGGAUCUCUCAUAGCUAGAAAGAAUCACAGCAUAAGGCUUUAGAGGCACUUCUCUGCCAGUGAGAUGAUAUCUACUCUUUUCUACUCUUUUCAUUGCACAAGCAGAGCUCCUUGGUUAUGUAAGGUUCCUUCAUCAGGUUUCAGUUGAUUCUGUCACAAGCAGUCAUGUACUGCAGACACUGCAGUUCAGGAAGGCCUCUUAGUGUUCUGGAGAGCAUUUUGAGGCUGGCAGGUGGGCAGGAGAAAAAUAUCAGGCCUGCAGACUCUGCUAUCUUUGUAGGAUCUGCUUUGCAUGAACAUCAGGUUGAAUGUGUGGCCCUAAUAAUGUAGAUACGCUUGGAAGCCUGACAGCUGAGAUGUAAAUGCCUCAUUCUAAAGUCUUGGACCUUCUUCAGUGCUCAUUGGGAAAGUUGUGCAAUAAAGCUGGUGAUGCAUCUCAGCAGUUUUCCACUUCUUUCUAUUUCUGGGCUCCAUUUGUUUAAUUGAAGGUGUGGCGCAGUGUGGAAAAUCCUAAUGACAGUAAAUCACAAUGACAGCUUUUCAUUUAAGGUUUGGCUGGCAGUAAGAGUUAUUUGCAAUUUUUGAAAUAUGUGCUGCACAUUUGUAUUACCAUAAAAUGGAAAACAACUCUCACAACUACAAUAUGACCUUUGUUGUAAUGUUCCAAGAAUCUCAAUGUCAUUUUGAGAUGUCCACCUGGCCAGACCCAUUGAUCAUGCUUCACUUAGCACUUGAUGAAAAUGUUAAAUAAUAGUCUCAGAAGCAACCAGUCUCAAUGCUGUUUGAGACCUUUCACAAUAGGAUACAUUCUCAGUUUACUCCAUUGAUUAUUAUACUGGGGGACAGUUGGUAAUUUGAAAGGGAUUCCCCACCCCUUCCUCUCGUGUUCCCAGAGCAGGGAUUACACCUCAGUUGUUGUUUUUUUCCAUUUCUGAGCCUAUGGCCAUUUUCCGUAUAAUCUCCCACAGGUCAUGCUGGGGCUCCAUGCAGUGGUGGUAGUUAAAUUAUUGCCAGGUCCACAACUAGUUCUUUGAUUGGCCACAAAGCAGUUUGCUGGGGAAUAAUUUCUGCAUCCUGCCAUUUUUCCUUGGAGUCUUGGAGAUUGGUAAGAUGUGUCAGAAGUUAAGCUGCAACUUUUUUUUUAAAGAAAAAAUAAAAUAAAAGCAUGCUGUUAGUAAUAAACUCAUAACAAAGAAACCAAAAUAUGAAACAUUUGUAUUUGAUUUGUCACACUAUAAUCUAUAGUUUGUAAUGGUUUUUGCGUUACAAAUGUGUUGCAGGCUGUUUUAGUCAGGCAUUAUGCAAACCUAAUAAGCUAGUUUUCUGCCAUAUAUAUAUAUAUAUAUUUAUUUAAAGAACUGCAGCACAAAUCUCUUAUAUUUCUUAAAGCCUGAAAAAUGAGCUACUGAACCUUAUAAAUCCUACAGUAACUUGAGUUAUAGGAGCAACUGCAAGCUGGUGAACCAGCUUAAAUGUUUAUGUAAUGGCAAGUGUUUAGGGUGAUACAAAGGGAGAGAACCUCCCACCUACUGCUACAUAUAAUCUCUCCUAUCCUGUUAUGAAUUGGUUCUAACUGGUCCCAGGACAUUGUCAGAAGGCACAAGAUGAGGCAACCUUGCUUAAACUAAACAGUUCUGAGACUGGAUGGGAGGCUAUCUAGAAAGUUUCUAUAUACUGUAUUGAGUUCCAUCAUGGAAUAGAGGCAGGACAUAGUUCAUUUACUAUUAUUAAUUUAAAUUUUUUUACAUUCAUCUGUGGAAAGGGUAAAUGUAGAGACUGUUAGAAGGAGGUAGGAUGAAAAGACUGCUUCUAGGUUGUGUUUCUUCCUGAAUUUGUAUUGAUGUUCUGCAGUUUACUUAGUUCUCUCACUAGAGGUCAUUUGAAAUGUUUCACAGCCACAGGGGAAAGCUCUAGACACUCUGCCAUGAGAUCAAACACUUUAUUGUGUUGAGAUCAAAAUCUGUCACUCUGUUCCCUUUAUUGGGAUCGGUGAAAGGAGCAUAAUGUGCUGUAAUUCUCCCUACAUAAUGUGCAAGUUAGGACAGGGGUUUCCAAACUGUGGAGCGUGAGCUGCCAGUGGUCCUUCAGAAGCUUCAUUCAGGUGGUCUGCAGAAUGUCUUUUAUUUUCUGGCUGUUUUCCUCGACCCGAAUGCAAGCAGUCAUGUUUUUCCUUUGUUCUGACCAACGUUGAAUAAAGCUGUAAAUAUGCUCUUCUGGGUGAAUCUUCUGUUGUGGAAACUCUGCAAAAAGUGUGUGCACGAGUCUUGGAAUGUGUCUGAGGCUCGUGUCGCUAAUUGACUGAUACUGUUCCAAUGGGAGAAUGGAGAUCGUCCAGAGACGACGAUGGAGGCCUACCUGAUUGCCUCUGUCUUGCUGGCAAUAUCCCAACACCCCCAUUGUUCAGCCCGGACACUGAGGUUCAGCUCCAAGGGCCUUCUGGUGGUUCUCUCACUACAGGAGGUGAGGUUGCAGGGAACCAGGCAGAGGGCCUUUUUGGUACUGGCGCCUGCCCUGUGGGAACACCCUCCUAUCAGAUGUCAAGGAAUAAACAACUACCUGACUUUUAGAAGACAUCUGAAGGCAACCCUGUUUAGGGAAGUUUUUAAUGUUUGAUGUUUUAUCAUGUUUUUAAUAUUCUGUUGGGAGCUGCCCAGAGUGGCUGGGGAGGCCCGGCCAGACAGGCAGGGUAUAAGUAAUAAAUUAUUAUUAUUAUAAGAGAUGGUGACUGACCCAAAUCCACCCAGUGAGCUUCAUGGUUGAGUGGGGAUUUGAACCCUCGUCUCCCAGGUCCCAGCCCAACAUGGCUCAUGUUCAUAUCUUGAUUUGAUUUGUCAUAUUUUUGUCGUUCUCAGACAGUCCUACCUGUGAAGUGGGCUCACAAGAAAUCAGUGGAAAGCUGGCACAGUGUUUGUGAGGCUUUGUCUGUCCCUGAAGCCACUGAAAAAAUACUACAGUGGUGCCCCGCAAGACGAAUGCCUCGCAAGACGGAAAACCCGCUAGAUGAAAGGGUUUUCCGUUUUGGAGGUGCUUUGCAAAACGAAUUUCCUAUGUGCUUGCUUCGCAAGACGAAAAUGUCUUGCCAGUUCCUGCGGGGGUUUUUUCCUUUUUCCCAAGCCGCUAAACCGCUUAUCAGCUGCUGGCUAAGCCGCUUAUCAGCUGAUCUUUAAGCCGCUUAACAGCUGAUGCUAAGCCGCUUAUCAGCUGAUCUUUAAGCCGCUUAACAGCUGAUGCUAAGCCGCUUAUCAGCUGAUCUUUAAGCCGCUUAACAGCUGAUGCUAAGCCGCUUAUCAGCUGAUCUUUAAGCUGCUUAACAGCUGAUGCUAAGCCGCUUAUCAGCUGAUCCUUAGCCGCUUAUCAUCUCACCUUUAAGCCUCUUAUCAGCUGUUCGUUAAGCCGCUUAUCAGCUGUUCUUUUAACCUAAGCCGCUAAUACUGUAGCGCUAUGCCGCUAAACCUCUAAUGGGCUUGCUUCGCAAGACGAAAAAACCCGCAAGACGAAGAGACUCGCGGAACGGAUUCUUUUCGUCUUGCGAGGCACCACUGUAGCAUAGUUCUUGCUAAAUAUGUUGGUGUGUCAAAAUUCUGACCCUAAAAUAUAAUCUCCAUGCCAAUCUAGGCAAGUCACACGGCGCUGAAGCCAUCAGCAAAAUCCAUCAAUAUACUGAGACAUCUUCCCACACAAGCCCCAGUUGUGCUUUGAGACCUUCCCAUUAAACUGUCAGCAUCACCUUGAAGAUAUUCAAGAGACGAAUUCUACCCUAGCAUUUGGAUCCAAUGGACCAGUUGAACUUCCUUAGAAUGAAUAAUUAUUCCAGUAUCACUUAGGGUCUAUGCAUGGGUUCAUUUCUUGCUGAGGCUGACAGUAUACUAUUUGAGCAAUUUUGACACUUCUGUUCAAAUUGUUUGUAGAUAGGCACCAAAAUUUAGCGCUCUUCAGACAGUGAUGGUGAAGCAGUUAUCUUCAUAUGCUAAUGUUUCUUAUUGUCUUCAGCACCACCCAAUAGAAGCACCACAACAUGCCUGUAGUGGAGAACUUUAUCUUGUUUGGUACUUUCAAAUCAUAUGAAAAGUCUUGUGCAUUCAAGGUAACUAGCAAGUGUUUCUUCAUCCAUGGAGUACAUCUUGUCUUAGGGAUCACAAGGGUAGAGAACUUCAGACAUACUUAGGAAGAACAAACCAACCUCCGAAAUACUGUCUGUUUACACUCCACAGAGAAGUAAGCUGCCUAUAAUAUAAGCACCCAUUUGACACCCAGCAGCUCUGUGUAUAAGGUAUGAUUUAUGGGUGGAAAUUGUGGGUGCGUUCUGUUGCCUCAGUCCCCCUCUCACUCUUUCCACAUGUUGGCUUUGUACAAAGUUUUGAGUCAUCUGCCCAGAACUACAGUAAUAUGUUUUCCUUCAAUAAGUUCAUUGCAAGUAAGUAAAGAAGUGUGUAGGAUUCUGCAUUUGAAGAAUGCAACUCUAGUAUUUUGCCUGGGAAAACCAAGUCUGUGGGCAAUUUAUUUUUACUGUCUCUAUAAACCGUGGUUGCUUUUGAUCGACUGCGAUCUAUUGUUGAUAAGCUAAAUUCUUUUACAGGGAGUUAACACUGGGAAAGUGCAGAAGGAAGGUAGUGAAUUUCAGAUGUUGGGAAAUAGUUAAUGGAAACUUUGGCAUGUUUUCAACAACAAACUUCCUUAUAGAUGUUACAGAACAGUUAUUUAUUAUUAUUAUUUAUUGAAUUUAUAUACCGCCCUAUACCUGGAGGUCUCAGGGCAGUUCACAGAAUACUUAUUCAAAGAACUGCAGCACAAACCUCUUGCUUCUUGAAGACAGUUCAGGUCCCCUAGCUCCAGAAUGGACAGACUAGGUAAUUAUUCCUUUUCACUUUGUAUCUUCUUACCUGUUGAGACUACUACACCUGUCCCACUGAUUCAGAUGUAUAGUAAAAUAUUUUUCUUUUUGAUGUUCCUUAAAGAGAUGAAAAGAGAUGAGAGGCUGCUCUUGAAUUGAGGGAUUAGGCUUGCAUUUAUUAAGAACUUUGGGGGCUAUUAACUGUUUCACUUCCAGCAUAAGCCAUUUACUCAGAUCAGAUUUCCUGUUCUGCAAGUGGUAAUUUUUUUUAUUUCUUCUUUUUUAUGACAGUGUGUAACUAAUGCCAGUUUGGGAAUAUUUGAGUGCGCAGAGGAUAGUGUUUUCUCUUGCAAAACCAUAUUUAAUCAUGGACAAGAUUUAUAUGCCAUAUAGAAUGACCAGUAACAGUAUUGCUUUUGUGCAGCAGAGAAUACGUAACUUCUGUUUAUGUAUGGGCUCCUUUGGGAGGAAGGGCAGGAUAAAAAUCAAACAAUAAUUUACAUAGUAAAAUUUAGGAAAGCGUAAACACUUUGCUAUGAAAUGAGCAACAAAUAAAGAUAUUACAUUUUAAUCCCUGAAAGAUUGAAGACAAUUCAUGUAUUUAGUAACAUAUUUUUUCUAAUGUGAACUGACAUUUCAGAGUUUUGACUGUCACAUUUCGAUACAUAUUACAAAAUAUUUGGGUGUAAACUCUUCAAAAUCUAAGCUUUAUGGAUGUAACUUGCGUGGUUAGAGUUUGCUAAACUUCUGGAACAGGAGCAGCCAUGGAGGAUUUCUAUAGGCUUUCUGGAGAACCACCAGAGAAUAAGUUAUUUGCUGGCAUGACUAUCACUGUUUCUUUGUGUACACCAUAUUUCAGUCAUCUGGUUUGUUCCAGUUAUGUUCAGGAAAUAACCAUUUAUCUGAGGAAAAAUGUGACCAGGACUUCAGUAGUCAUGCUGAAUAACAUGUCUCCUGCUUCUCAGUUACUGAAGUGUUGACUUCUGAUACUCUCCCCCAUCCCCUUAUAAGAAUAUAAUUGUUAUGAUCGCUAAAGCUUUUCCCAACUCUGACCCAAUAUUAUCCCUUUAAUCUUCUUCUCCCAAACAUGGGAAGAAGGGAAGGAAUUGGGAAGAGAAGAAAAGCCAUGCAAGGUGUUUGACCGGCAAGCACACAGAGAAUUCAACAAGCCCUUUGAAGGUCAAUUAGCCAGAAAAUGUGCUAAAGACUAGGUACUUGAUUGGAUUAGCGGCCAAAGAAUUAUGCCCUGAAUAAUCAAAGCGGUCCUGCAGUCUGAACACACAGGCAAUUAUUGGUUCUUAGGGGCAUAGUGUAAAAGCUUUAAUAACAGAUUCUUUGAACUUCAAAGCAUUUUAGAAGCGACAAUCUUACUAUGAACUGUGAUUUUUGUCUCUUGCUUGCGUGUAGUGUUCCUACGACAAGGCUAGUUUUAGAGUUUCUGUUCCCACAAUGCAUGUGUGUGUAUCUGAAUUAAUUACAAACUACUUGGUGCCUUGCUCAUUUUUAGUUACAGAUUAUAGAGAUGCUAUACCUUCAACUGAUAAAGCCUCAACCUUUGGGACACUUUAAAUAUUCUCUGUCUGUGGCAAUAAGAACUUGAUUUUGUGGGCACCAAAGUAAAAUUCAAACAUCUGAAUAUUCUUACAAUGGAAAUUGGUCAAAGCCAUAAAGAAACGAGGGGAAAGUGACUCGGCUGUGGUAAAUUCAGAGCCUCACCUAACGUUUCUCAGUUACUACAUCAGCUGAAAGGCUGCUCUUGGGGGAAGCAGGGGAAUGGAGGGCAGGAAGCAGCUGCCAUACUAGGAGAGAGGCAACAUCCUCAUAGGGGGGUCUCAUUGCACAAAGUAACCACCAGCACUGUUGGCCGACUGGGGAGGGAGUGCCACAGGGCUGUAGUGACAGCCCAUGGCAGUGUCCAGAUUUUUCUGGUGAGGCGCUGAGAGAGGUGCACCCCUGACCUGCGCCCUUAUCAGGGGCCAACCUACCCAACCCCUAGAUACACCUCUGGCGAUCUCUCAUCUUCAGAGAUUGUGAAGGUUGUAGCUUUGGGCACAGUGCCCAUCCCCAAGUUUCUGCUCUUUUUAACACACUGAAGUCUUUGACUGUUAAUACAGUUUUUGUUUGACAAUAGACUCCUGUGAAACAUCCACCACAAUUUUCGGGGGUGAGGAAGGAUUUUUAAAAAUGACCUCAUCUUAUAGCGUUCUUCUCAUGUGGGGACUGUGUUGCAUGAACAUUUCACUGCAUUAGAAUUACAUGGUAAAGUUACUGUGUGACUUUACCGUGAGAAAAAGAAUGCAUGGAUUGGUCAUUUAGUUUAUUAGUUUCAGAGGAUUUGAAUGGGUUACAGGAGAUUUUGAUUACACAUGGGGGUGCAGCAAGAGACAAAAUCACUUCAGCUGCAAGCGGGUAAGCCUUUAUUGGUGCCAUUUUGUCUGUUUAAGACUAGUAGUUCCAUUUCACUAAUAAUCAUUGGCCCACAGAACAUUGCCCAUAUAUAUAUGAAUGACCCCUUUCUCGCACCUACUUCCUUCCUUAUUUUGUGGGAAUCGGUGAAUCAAGCCAGGAAUCACAGUUAACUAUAGGAGCCUGUUAACAUGUGCAUUUGGGAAACUACGGUUAAUGGCUUCCAAACAAGCCAGGAUAAUAAGUCAUGAUAUGAAGUUGUCUUAAUAUCCUUGUGUGCUUGGAAUAUAUCCUUGUUUGCUUGGAAGCUAUUAACCAUAGUUUCCGUGCUUUGAAUGUAACAGCCAUUUAGUAUUAAGUCUGGCUCCAUGGCUUGUUUCUCCUCUUGCAUGAAGAGAAGGUCAAGCAGCUGUGUACAGGGGCUCAUUCAUAAGUCUUAUUUAGCUGAAUUAUGAUUUGUCCAAGCAUUGACAUAUUUUGUUUCAUGAUACAGCUUUGGUGAAUUAAUCAUUCUUACUCUGUGCAAAAGCUUGUAACCUGUACACUGAAUGUAGAAUCAAAGAACUGUAGAGUUGGAAGGAUUCCCAAGGCAUCAUCUAGUAGUUCAACCCCUUACACUUCACCCUGGAAAUGUGAAGCAUUGUCUACUUAAAGAAUCAUCCCCCACCCGCAAAAAAAGAUUUCUUCUCUAGCAUUAAUAAAAUUGGGCUAUGAUAAGAGAAGCAAUCUUUCAUUGUUUUAGCAAAAAUUAUUCUCGUGUAACACACGCUUCUGCUCUUGAUGUUUACUUGAGGUUCAGUGCCCAGAAUGGCUGGGGCAACCCAGUCAGAUGGGUGGGGUACAAAUAAUAAAAUAAUUAUUUAUUAAUAUUAUUAUUAUGAGAAACAUUCAUUUCUCUCUCUCCCCCCCCCCUUUCUUUCAGACCCUGCUUUUUUCCCUGGACGCUGUGCUGAGAUCUUUGCAAAAGGGCAGAUUAUUGGGAAGCUAGGAGUACUCCACCCUGACGUCGUCACCCAAUUUGAGCUUACCAUGCCCUGCUCUGCCCUAGAAAUCACAGUUGAGCCUUUCGUGUGAAAUCCUGACAACAGCAUGCUUCUUCAGUCCACAUAGUUCUGUUUCCUACCCCCCCCCAAAAAAAAGUCCACAUAGUUCUGUUUCCAUGAUGGUCUGUUUCUACCAUCGGGCACUGUCCCUAAUUUUAAUAAAUUAGGCAAUGAAAUAGACAAGUCUUAUUUUGCUGUUUGCUAAAUGUUCCUUCAGUGCAAUAAUACUGCCUUCAGGGGGUUUUUAGGGCUUUUCUUAACAGAUUGAGCCAUCAGUCAGAUGUAAAAAAUAAAAAAGUUCAAUAUAUUACCAUGAAUAUAUAUGGGCAAAGAACAUGAUCUGUUCUCCAGAAUGUUCCAGAGGCUGAAUCUCAAACUGUAACAGAUUAUAGCUGCAUAACAGGAAUCACAUUCUUUUAUUGCAUGAAAUAACAUAAUUGAUUAUAGCAAAUGUUGAACAAAUGUGAACAGAACUGAGGAAUUAAGGUUUCUUUGUAUAGGGUUGAUACAAACUCUUCAGGGUUGAGAAAUGUGCAUUUCUUGUAAAGUACAGCAGUUUUAAAGCAAGAUUUCUAUAAUAGAUACUGUUGUAUGUUAACCUGUUUUGUUGUAAAGAAGGGAUCAAAAUAAAACUUGAAGGUUCUGUAUUUAUAUACACCUAAGUUCCCGUGAGAAAGACUGGUGUGGUGAGCACUGCUUCUGUCAUAGGGCUGAGAUUGCUCAAACUAGACCUGUGUGCCAGAACACCAUUUUAUCACCCUCCUGACUUCUCAUGUGCUGGCAGAGAAACUGCCACUGUAGUAUGACAUGAGAAAGCCCCAGUGCAUUUUUGGAAGCUAUCACAUCUAUCUAAAGGAACUCUUUGGGUUGCCAUGUUGAAAAGGAGGAAACCAAACAGGAGUGGAGGAGAAGUAGCAUUAUAUGUAAACAACGUAUAUACUAUAGAUCUCCAAGCCAGACUGAUGACUUGGAUGAUGCCUUCCAACAGCAGAUUACCAAACAUUCAAAAAGGAGAGAGAAGGCAGUAAUGGGAGAUUUCAACUACCCCGGUGUUUGUUGGAACUCCAACUCUGCCAAGAAUGUAACGGCCAGCAAAUUCUGCAGUUGCCUCACUGACAAAUUCCUUUCCCAGAAGGUAGAAGCAGCAACAAGGGGCUCAUCUAUCUUGGACCUGGUCCUCACCAACAGGGAGGAACUGCGACAAAAUGGAAGUACUGGGAAUAUUGGGAAGAAGUAAUGUGAGCAAUUAGUCAUUGUGUGAGCAAUUUAAAAAGGAUGCUGCACGUGGGUUUCUCAAAAACAAGUAAUGCCAGACAAAUCUCCUUUUGAUAGUGUUAUAAACUUGGUGGAUCAGGGGGUGCUGUGGAUGUAGGGUAUCUUGAUUUCACUAAUUCUUUAACAAAGUCCCCUAUGAUACCUUUGCAGAGAAGCUGGUAAAUGUGGGCUGGGCAGUUACUUGGAUUUGUAGCUGGUUGGCUGACGGAACCCAAAGAGUACCCCCUAAUGUUUCCUUGUUCUGUCCUGGGUCUGUUGCUGUUCAACGCCUUUAUAAAUGACGUGGAUGAAGGAACUGAGUGAUACUCAUCAAAUUUGCAGAUGACACCAAACUGAGAGGGGUAGCUAAUGCUGUAGAAGACAGAAUCAGGAUUCAAGAUGACCUUAACAGAUUGGAGAACUGGCCCAAAGCUAACAAAAUGAAAUAGGGACUUAGGCAGGAAUUACCAGCUGCACAAAUAUAAGAUGGGGGACAUCUGGCUUGCCAGAAGGCAUGUAGUGGUCCUAGUAGACCACAAGCUUAACAUGAAUCAACAGUGUGACUGAAGCUGUAAAAAAAGCUAAUGCUAUUCUAGGAUGCAUCAACAGAAGUUAUGUGUCCAGAUCAAGGGACGUCAUAGUACGGUUGUAUUCUGCCUUGGUUAGACCACACUUGAAGUACUGUGUCUUGUUAUGGGCACCACAAUUUAAGAAGGAUAUUGACAAGCUGGAACUUGUGCAGAGGAGGGCAAUAAAGAUGAUCAAGGGUCUGGAAACCAAGCCUUAGGAGGAAUGGUUGAGGGAAUUGGGUAUGAUAAGAGGAGAAUGGGAGGAGAUACAAUAACCAUCUUCAGAUAUCUGAAGGGUUGUCAUAUGGAGGAUGGAGCAAGCUUGUUUUCUUCUGCUGUGGAGGGUAGAACCUGAACCAGUGGAUUCAAGUUACAAGAAAGGAGAUUCCAACUAAGCAUCUUUCUGACAGUAAGAGCAAUUUAAGACUGGAAUGGUCUCCCUCUGGAGGUGGUGGACUCUACUUCCUUGAAGGUUUUUAAGCAGAGGCUGGAUGACCGUCUGCCAUGGAUGCUUUAGUUGGGAUUCCUGCAUUGCAGGCAGUUGGACUAGGGGACCCCCUUCCAACUCUACAAUUCUAUUCUAUGAACAAAAAAUCUGCUGCAUGAAAAUAGUGGGUUGCCCUUCAAUCUUCUGCCCACUUGGCAUUUAUGCCUGCCUGCCUUCAUAGUAGCCGCCUACUUUAUAUAAUACACUUGAAAUGUAUGUGACAAAAUAAGCUUUAAUAAAAAAUAGUUUCUGG